GAAAAAGAAUAUAUCUAUAUAUAUAUAUAUAUAUAAAGAAUAUUUCUUUCUUACAUGUUUAUAAAUACUACCAUUCCAAAAUCAUUAUUCAUACAAGCAUUGGCAAGUAGAAGUAUAGUUCUGCAAUUUUCGCUGAUCACUCAUAUUAAAUCAAUUCAUUCACUCAUCAACAAUGAGUCUUAAGGAAGAGUUCGAACAAUAUGCUGAGAAGGUGAAGACUUUACCUAGUGCUACUAAUGACGAUUUGCUCAUUCUUUAUGGAUUAUACAAGCAGGCCACUGUUGGAGAUGUGAACACAGAUCGCCCUGGAUUGUUUGAUCCGAAGGGAAAGGCGAAAUGGGACGCUUGGAAGGCUAAUGAAGGAAAAUCCCAAGAUGAUGCCAUGAGCAAUUACAUCACAAAGGCCAAGCAACUGUUGGAGGCAGCAGGCCUUUCUGCUUAAUGCUUGCAGUCGCUCUAAUUUCGUCGUGUCUUCCUAAAUUAAUCGAAUUUCACUAUUGUACUUCCGUUAUUCAUAAUAAUGAGUUAUCUAUGAACCUUUAAUUUAUAAUUGAUGGCCGUGACAUUUCAGUCAUGCUUCUAUUUA